AUGGACGGGUCCGGAGAGUGCAGCCUCCCGGAGCUGGGCAGCCAGGGCUCCGGAGCCGGCGAGGACAUUGAGAUCGUCGUGAAUGUGGGGGGUGUGCGGCAGGUGCUGUACGGAGACCUUCUCAGCCGGUACCCCGAGACCAGGCUGGCGGAGUUAAUUAACUGCUUGGCUGGGGGCUAUGACACCAUCUUUUCCUUGUGCGACGACUACGACCCCGGGAAACGGGAGUUCUACUUUGACAGAGACCCUGACGCGUUCAAGUGUGUCAUCGAGGUGUACUAUUUUGGGGAGGUCCACAUGAAGAAGGGUAUCUGCCCUAUUUGUUUCAAGAAUGAGAUGGACUUUUGGAAGGUGGACCUCAAGUUUCUGGACGACUGCUGUAAGAGUCACCUGAGCGAGAAGCGUGAGGAGCUGGAGGAGAUAGCGCGCCGUGUGCAGCUCAUCCUGGACGACCUGGGCGUGGACGCGGCCGAGAGCCGCUGGCGGCGCUGCCAAAAAUGCGUCUGGAAGUUCUUGGAGAAGCCCGAGUCGUCGUGCCCGGCGCGGGUGGUGGCCGUGCUGUCCUUUCUGCUCAUCCUCAUCUCAUCAGUGGUCAUGUGCAUGGGCACCAUUCCCGAGCUGCAGGUGCUGGACGCUGACGGCAACCGCGUGGAGCACCCGACGCUGGAGAACGUAGAGACCGCGUGCAUAGGCUGGUUCACGUUGGAGUACCUGCUGCGCCUCUUCUCCUCGCCCAACAAGCUGCAUUUUGCCCUGUCCUUCAUGAACAUCGUGGACGUGCUGGCCAUCUUGCCCUUCUACGUUAGCCUCACGCUUACUCACCUGGGUGCCCGCAUGAUGGAGCUGACCAACGUGCAGCAGGCGGUGCAGGCCCUGAGGAUCAUGCGCAUCGCCAGAAUCUUCAAGCUGGCCCGCCACUCCUCGGGUCUGCAGACCCUUACCUAUGCUCUCAAGCGCAGCUUCAAGGAAUUGGGGCUGCUGCUCAUGUACCUGGCGGUGGGCAUCUUUGUCUUCUCCGCUCUGGGCUACACCAUGGAGCAGAGCCACCCCGAGACCUUAUUUAAGAGCAUCCCUCAGUCCUUCUGGUGGGCCAUCAUCACCAUGACGACCGUUGGCUACGGUGACAUCUACCCCAAGACCACACUGGGCAAGCUCAACGCAGCCAUUAGCUUCCUGUGUGGGGUCAUUGCCAUUGCCCUGCCCAUCCACCCCAUUAUUAACAACUUCGUCAGGUACUACAACAAGCAGCGGGUCCUGGAGACAGCAGCCAAGCAUGAGUUGGAGCUAAUGGAGCUCAAUUCCAACAGCGGAGGAGAGGGUAAGACUGGGGGCUCCCGGAGUGACCUGGACAACCUCCGACCAGAGCCUGCAGGAAUGGAGGGGCCUGGGUGGAGCAGCCGGCUGAAGAUCUCCCACAGUGAUACUUUCAUCCCCCUCCUGACUGAAGAGAAGCACCACAGGACCCGGCUCCAGAGCUGCAAGUGA